AUGGCUUUUCGAGUACGCUCAGGAGCGAUGAUGCGUCAGGGCCGUAGAAUCCGCUCAUUAUGGGGUAGAAGUCGUGGGUUUGCGACUGUUACAGAUAAUACUCGACCCUACGACGUUAUCGUGAUCGGUGGUGGACAUGCUGGAGCGGAGGCUUGCGCUGCUGCUGCGCGUUCAGGCGCGCGCACUGCGUUGGUGACGCCUUCCCUAGAGAAUAUUGGGGUUUGCUCGUGCAAUCCUAGUUUCGGUGGUAUCGGGAAGGGGACGAUGAUUCGUGAGGUUGAUGCUAUGGACGGCGUUGCGGGUCGCAUUAUCGAUAAAGCGGGCGUUAUGUUUCGGGUGUUGAAUCGGUCUAAAGGUCCUGCUGUUUGGGGACCGCGGGCGCAGAUCGAUCGUGAUCUCUAUAAAAGACAUAUGUCUGAGGAGCUGGCGAGCACAAAGAAUUUGAGUAUUGUCGAGGGAAAGGUGGCUGAUAUCGUGCUGUCCACGGAUGGUAUUGAGAAUAUCCCUGGUGCGCAAGGGAAGAUUGUUGGAGUGCGCUUGGAGUCUGGGGAGGUCAUUCCAACUGGCCGUGUGGUUAUCACGACGGGUACCUUCCUGGGUGGCGAGAUUCAUAUUGGAAUGGAUGUCUUCCCUUCAGGACGCAUGGGUGAGGCUCCCACAUACGGUCUCAGCAAGUCCCUCCGUGAAGCUGGCUUCCAACUGGGACGGUUGAAGACGGGCACGCCGCCUCGUUUGGACGGGAAGACUAUUGAUUUCAGCGCCCUGGAGGUCCAAAAGGGCGACUCGCCGCCUCAUCCGUUCUCGUACCUGAACAAGACGGUAGACGUUGGCGACGAAGGCCAGCUUACCUGCUGGAUGACGCACACGAACGAAGCUGCCCAUGAAAUCAUUCGCGCCAAUCUGGACAAGUCCAUCCACAUCCGCGAGACGGUACGCGGGCCUCGCUACUGUCCCUCAUUGGAGUCGAAAAUCAUCCGAUUCAAGGACAAGACCCAGCACCAGAUCUGGCUCGAGCCUGAAGGUUUCGCGCCCAACGACGUCAUCUACCCUAAUGGCAUCUCCAUGACCGUGCCUGCAGAUGCGCAAUACGCCAUGUUGCGAGUCAUCCGCGGUCUCGAGAACGUUAAAAUGCUCCAGCCCGGUUACGGCGUCGAAUACGACUACAUAGACCCACGCAACCUACGACCAACCCUCGAGACCAAACUGAUCAGCGGCCUCUACCUCGCCGGCCAAAUAAACGGCACAACCGGCUACGAAGAAGCCGCCGGACAGGGCAUUAUCGCCGGCACGAACGCCGGCCUUGAAUCGCAAGACCGCAAACCCCUCACCCUCACCCGCUCCGACGGCUUCAUCGGAAUCAUGAUCGACGACCUUAUCACCAAAGGCGUCUCCGAGCCAUAUCGCAUGUUCACAACACGCAGCGAAUACCGCAUCUCCACGCGUUCCGAUAACGCCGACCUACGACUCACGCGCAAGGCCCGCGAUGCAGGCGUCGUCUCCGACAAGCGUUGGAGCCAUUUCACCGAUACCGAAGCGCAGAUUCUCGAGCUGCAGACACUGCUCAGCAACACGCGCCUCUCGUCCUCUGCAUGGUCUCGAAAGGGCUUCAAGCUACGCUCCGACACCUCCGUCCGCUCGGCACUGGACAUUCUCUGCGUCGAGGGCGUUGACAUCGACACUCUGAUUCCUGAAAUCGAAGCCACGGGCAAAUCAUAUCGCCCGUCCUCGUUCGCGCCGGAAAUCCGCACCCGCGUUGCUAUCGAAGGCCGCUACGCGCCGUACCUGAAACGCCAGGAGAAGAUGGCGAUGCGCUUCCAGCAGGAUGAGAAUCUGCUGCUGCCGCCGGAUUUGGAUUAUGGGACUGUGUUUGGUAUCAGUAAUGAGGAGCGACAGGCGCUGGAGCGGGUAAGGCCUGUUAGCGUUGGCAUGGCGAAGCGAAUCGAGGGCGUUACGCCUGUCGGUGCGUUGCGGUUGUUGAUGCAUGUGCGGAAGAGCACGGGGUUUGUAGUGAAAGAGUCUGAUGUCGAUGAUGUGGUUCGAUCGGUUUAG